AUGCCCAUUAUUUAUAUAAAUAUUACAUUAGCAUUUAUUAUCUCACUCCUAGGCAUAUUAAUCUAUCGCUCACAUCUAAUAUCAUCCCUAUUAUGCCUAGAAGGAAUAAUACUUUCACUAUUCAUCAUAAAUACUCUCAUAGCACUCAAUAUACAUUUCCCAUUAGCUAAUAUUAUACCUAUUGCACUACUAGUAUUUGCUGCUUGCGAAGCAGCAGUAGGCCUUGCCUUACUAAUUUCAAUCUCAAAUACAUAUGGAUUAGACCACAUCCAUAAUCUAAACCUACUCCAAUGCUAA